AUGAAAGAAAUAAAAUCAUGUGACAUAAUUCUCACAUCACCGAGCCUUUACUUACCAAGUAACACAACCAGUCCUCUAACGAUCAAAGGCAACAUCCAAAUUAAUCUUUCGUCCCCAUUAAAAGUUACUCAAGUAAUUUUAAAACUUCACGGAUUUGCACAAUUAAAUAACUCACAAAAAGCCACAACACGGAAUUUAACUACCAAAGAUUUGAUUAAACAAAAACUUACUGUUGUAAAUAUUACAAAAACUUUUAAUCCUGGUGAAACAUCGCUUCCGUUCGCUAUCUCAUUGAAAGCACCGGUAAAUCUUCCAGCCAGUGUUGAGGGUAAACAUGCAGCGAUUAGAUACGUGCUUACUGCUGAACUGACUAAAGCAUCUCCGCAUGCUAUUUACAAAAUUUCGAAAAAUGUAAUUUUACGAAAAAACACAUUAACGAAUGGUGUAGAUAUCAAUGAAAAAGUUAUUUACGAGGAUGAACGUGAAGGAUUGUUAAAAUAUAAAGUUUUUGUUCCUAAAUACAUGGCCAUUAAAGAUGAUGCUGGCGAGGAAGGUAAUGCGGACGAAAAUACUUCGGAGGAACCGCGUGGUAUUAUCAAAGUUGAAGCUACUUUUGAAUCGUUGGAUAAUGCUGGUGUUAAAGAAGUUAAAGUUGAAGCAUUCGAGUAUGAGAUGUAUAACUCUGCUAAGUUUGGAACGAUUACUGGAUCUGCACCCGCUUCUAGUACAUCAAAAUCAUCAACACCUGUCAAAAAAUCCGUAACACCGACUUCGCGAGCUGGUGCUAAAAUCUCAGCAUUUUCUAAUGUCUCCAUACCAAACCCUCAUCAUACCACACCACUUCUUUCACCACCUCUCUCAAUCCCUAUAUCAUCUGAGGUCUCCUGUCCUGUCUCGUUCGAAAUUCCAAUUCAUCAUCGGAUGAAACCUGAUUCAAAUGUUUCUUUCUUGGAAAUCAAACACGAGAUUAUUAUGACAAUAAGAUUCGAUAAAUUUAUGUUGACACCUUUGAAGUUAGAAGUUCCUAUUAGUGUUAUAACUAAUCCCUCAGAAAUGAUGUGA